UCCAGGAAAUAAACUUAUCCCUCUAUUUAUUCAGGACUUUUCAAAGAUAAAAAAAACCCAGCAUUAAACUUGAAUAUACUGAGAGAUUUUGCAGGAAUUUUCAUAUAAAAUGGGAGAAGUGAAGGUGAUUGGCCACACUGGAAGCUUAUUCUGCACAAGGAUUGAAUGGGCUUUGAAGAUCAAAGGUGUUGAAUAUGAGUACUUGCAAGAAGAUCUAAUGAACAAGAGUCCAAUUCUUCUCAAAUACAAUCCUGUUCAUAAGAAGGUUCCUGUGGUUGUUGAUGGUGAAAAACCAAUUGCAGAGUCACUUGUGAUCCUUGAGUAUAUUGAUGAGACUUGGAAACAUAACCCUUUGCUUCCUCAAGAUCCCCAUGAGAGAGCCUUGGCUCGUUUCUGGGCUAAAUUUGCUGAUGACAAGUGUCUGAUUGGUGCAUUUGAGGCGUUCUGGAAACAAGGAGAAGAAAAGGAGAAAGCAAUAGAAUCUGCAGUUGAAUCAUUUGCAUUUCUUGAGAAGGAAAUCAAAGGGAAGAAAUUUUUCAGUGGAGAGCAGAUUGGGUAUUUGGAUAUUGUAAUGGGUUGGAUCCCUCAUUGGCUAAAUGUUAUGGAAGAAGUUGGAGGCAUGAAAUUGAUUGAUGCUGAAAACUUCCCAGCUCUUCAUGAAUGGACUCAGAGCUUCAUUGAAAUUCCAAUCAUCAAGCAAGUCCUUCCACCAAGAAUGCUUUCCCUGGCAGCCAACAACCAGUAGUAGUGAUCCUCAUUUCUUAAUCAAUCAUACUCCGUUUGCUUGUUUGUACUAUAAAGACUUAAUAAUUAUUUAAUUCUUAUAAUAUGAUAAAACUCAUUAGUUAAUA